CCCUCCCCCGAGCGCCUCGUGUCCCCAGUGCGCUCAGGCAGACUUUUUGUCUGGCCUGAAGCAAAAGGGUUUCCAGAAAAGUGCUUACGGGAACUUAAUUUAGUCUUGCCAUGCCACCUCCAGCAGACACGGGUUUGACCUAUACCCCUCCAGAUGGCCAAUGGGGAUGGGCAGUGGUGUUUGGAGCGUUCAUUUCCAUUGGAUUUUCAUAUGCUUUCCCAAAAGGAAUAGCAAUCUUCUUCAAAGAAAUCCAGGAUUUCUUUGGUACAUCAUACAGUGAGAUUGCAUGGGUUUCUUCAAUUAUGUUGGCUGCUAUGUAUGGUGGAGGUCCCCUUAGCAGUAUUUUGGUGAAUCGUUUUGGUAGCCGGCCGGUGGUCAUAUUUGGAGGGCUACUAUGUGGCAUAGGAAUGGUUUCAGCAGCAUUCUGCACCAGCAUUUUUCAACUAUACCUUUGUGCUGGAUUCAUCACAGGACUUGGUCUUGCCCUGAACCUCCAGCCUUCAGUAAUCAUCGUUGGGAAGUAUUUCCUGAAAAGACGUCCCAUUGCCAAUGGACUUGCCAUGGCAGGAAGCCCUGUCAUGCUUUGCACCCUUGCACCCUUGAACCAGUUCCUUUUUGACACUUUUGGAUGGAGGGGGAGCUUUUUCAUUCUCGGGGCAAUUCUGCUGAACAGCUGCGUAGCUGGAGCCCUCUUCAGACCAAUUGGACCAAGGCAAAAAAACAAAGAUGCAAAAGAGGCCGUAAGAGAAAAACCUGAUGGAGGCAUUGCCGAAAUGGGGGACCAGGAUACGGAAACAAAGGAAGACAAAGAUUGUUGUGAAAACUUCAACAAGUUCCUUGACUUUUCACUUUUUAAACACAGAGGCUUCCUCAUCUAUCUGAUAGGGAACGUGCUGAUGUUUUUAGGAUUUUUUGCACCGAUUGUCUUUUUGGCUCCUUAUGCCAAGCACCGUGGGAUUGAUGAAUAUUCAGCAGCUUUUCUCCUUUCCAUUCUAGCAAUAGUUGACAUGAUAGCCAGGCCAGCUACUGGGAUCAUUGCAAAUACCAAAUGGGUGAGGCCAAGAAUUCAGUAUUUUUUCAGCUUCUCCAUUGUUUUUAAUGGUGUUUGCCACCUGCUGUGCCCAUUGGCAACAAGUUACAUGGGUUUAGUCAUCUAUGCUAUCUUUUUUGGCCUGGCCUUUGGUAUGGUUUGUGCAAUGCUCUUCGAAACUCUCAUGGAUCUUGUUGGUGCCAGCCGUUUCACAAGUGCUGUAGGACUAGUCACUAUAGUGGAAUGUUGCACCAUAUUACUUGGGCCGCCUAUUGGGGGUACUCUUAUUGACACCUUUGGAGACUACAAAUACAUGUUCAUUAAAUGCGGGGCAGUGAUGGUCUUGGCUGGGACAUUCCUCUUCAUUAUGAAUUACUACAACUACAGAAUGCUUGAAAAAGAAGAGAAGAAAAGGAUGAAGGAAGAUGGAGAAAAGAAAGAUUAUGAGGAUGCAAGGACAGAAAAGGAUGAAGGAAAAGCGGUGGAAAAAAAACAAGAUUUUAAUGAAACAGCUCCUUUGAAGACUGAUGAGAAUGGACUAAAGAAUGGGGGAAACCUCCCAACUGAACCCUAAAUCUAAUUCAAAGUUUUCUGAAUAGAAAACUUCCCUAAAAUGACUAAAAAUAUGCAGGUAGUCCUCAACUUAAAACCAUUUGUUUAAUGACUGUUCAGAGUUACGCCACUGAAAAAAGUGACUU